ACGAAGAAGCUCAAGCAUCAUGGUUGUUGUGUGUUGGUCCGAGUCCCUCCGCUGCUGCUGUAGCUGUAGGUAACAGCGGGGUUAUCCCGGGGCUGUUACCUGACUAACGAGGACAGAGUAACGGCUAGGAAGAGAGACGUCGGUUUGGUGGAGGUUCCGACAAUGGACAACACUCUGUGUCGGAGGGAGGUUGCUCGCCCGAGAAGGCUCUCUGCUGCUGCCGCGGAUUCUGGCGCUAGCGUUAGCCUGCAAGAUGGCGAGCCGAUCGAGAUGCAUUCUCCGAGAGAAAGUCAAACUGUUUUGGAUAGACUGAGCGCUGCUGGCGGUAACAUGGACAGGAUGAACCCGGCUAUGAUGGUCGUCCACAAGAGGCACAUGCCGAAGGAACCGAACAAGUUCCAUAUACCGAGGAAAGCGAAGGAAAAGAGAGCUCUUUUUCAGUAUGUAUCUACUGAGUCUAGAGAGUUUGAAGACAUGAUGAACAUCCUGACCUCCAGUUACUUUGACCCUGGCUCUGCCGGCUGCUUCACCUACUCUAAACCCUGCCUCGUCCACAGUGAGCUGCAAGAAAAAGAGUUUGUGGAGAAGAGGAGGGAGAUGAAGGCAGACGGGAGGACUGAAAAGGAGCUGGAGGAGAAUUAUUGUUUCCUCUUGGCAGAUGCUGUCAGGCUGCCCCUGCUCUGUGAGAAUGGACUUUGUGUGGGUCAAACCUGGUUGACAGUGCUGGGAAACCCUCAUAAAGGAGUAUAUCUGUCUAAAUACUCAGACCUACUCCAGGUUAGCUUAUUCGCCCCAGGUGCCGUAGGGGAGAUCAUCAUCUUCAAAGUGAUGAAGGGUAAAGUGAAGAGCAUCUAUGAAAAUGUAAAAAACCUUCUAGAUCCAACACCUCGCUUCGACAGCCACAUCUUUAAGAACGCCAGCAAAGUCACCUCACUCACCUCCUUCCGUGCUUUUGAAUUCACACAGCAAUACUUCUACGAAUAUUCCUUUGACGAAUUGCGGCAGCGACCUCGUCAAGUUUGUCCCUAUGCUGUUGUCUCCUUUCAAUUUAAAGGAAAGGAUACAAUACUUCCCAGGUUGAACAGUCAACCUGCAGAGGGGAAUAAAGUCCGAGCUCAAUUCACAGUGUGGACUGGAGAUUUAGUUAAAGGCGACCGUGUUCUCUGCCAGAUCUCCCUUCGCUCCUUCUCUCCUCCUUUCCUGCCUCACAGACUCCCAGAGAAGUUGGACAUUGGUCGUGUGAUGAGGCUUGACCAGGUGACCAUGCUCCUCCCAUCUGGCUUGUUCUCCUACAACCGUUACAACAGCAGCGAAGAAGUUGAGGAGAAUGGGCAUUACUGCAGGCUCCUGGAGGUGAUAGACAGAGGUCGUACAACAAGCACCAUGACAAAACUGCUGCAGGAAAUGGAGAUGAUGAGAGUGGUUCUGGUGACUCCUCUCUCAGAGAAAGGGUUUCUCUUUCUACUCUCCAGUGUUCAGAUGGCCACACCCUCUGAGCGAGGUGAGAAUUGGAAGAGGUGUCUUCAGGCCUUAUUUGUCUUUCCAGAGACCAGAGAUCUGGCCAAAUCCACAUCAAGGUGUGCCUCCUCUCCUCAUGAUGCCUCAGAGUCACAGAUGUCUGGGACCAAAGUGAUGCCGCAUCUGAGCCUGUUUAUCCCAGCGUUGCAUCAUGCCCUUGUCAAAGCCCGUGCCAACCCCUCUCCUGAGCUGUCUGCUGGUGUGGAACGCCAGACAAAAGAAUACCUCAUUGGCCUGAAGGAUGGCAAGGUUCGACAGUACCCCAUGGGGGAGUACGACUCUAAACAGGAUGAGCAAGAAAAGGUGUUUCCCACGCCUAAACACCACCAGGUGAACAUGAACUCCUACCUGCGCUCCUACCUGGCCAACCGAGCCCUCUACCUGCUGUCAGUGGCUCGGGCCAGGCAGGUGGUAGAGACACACUGUGGCCCAGAGGAGCCACAGCAAAUUAAGCCCAAGAACAGUUGUGGAGGCCUGAGAGAAUCAGCGGGGAAGGAGAUGACAGGCAUCACUAGAGAUGGAGAGACCAACUCUCAAAAGAUGCAGCAGCUGUUAGACCUGGUUUUGACCUGUAAGAGGAAUGCAGAAAACGAGGUGAAGAGGGAGGAAGGAAGAGAAGGUGGGCUCAGAGCAGCCGGGAGGAAGAGGAGGCUUGAGCAGAAGACAGCAGUGAGGGCACUUAAAUAUCUGAAGGCAUCACAGGGACCUGCAGGCCAUGAUAAGAUUCCAGUUGAGGGAAGCCAGCCUGCCUCUCCUGAUUCUCUUACAUCUGUGAUUGCCUCAGUGGGUUUGAGAGAUUCUCAUCUAAGGGAGGAUGGAUCUGAGCUAUCUGUCAAACUUCUCAGCUUGCUGACAGGUCUGAGUCGGGCUGCCAGGGGAAGUACCAGUCAGGAGGAGGAGCAGAAGGAAUCAUGUCCAUUUGAAAGGCUGGCCACCAAGCUGGGCCUGCCCACCAACUGUGACAUUGACCUGCGGAAGCAGGAAGAGCUUGAGGAGCAGACUGCAGGCAGUGUCAGUAGUUUGGAAGGAUUCAGUCCCAGCUCCCACAGCGGGGAGAUGAAUCUCCACAGAGCUGCAGGCGGAAGAGGAGGGAGGGGAGCAGGAGGAUACGAAGAUGAGGAAGAGUGGGAGAUCCCAUGGGUCCUUAUCCCCAUAACAGGUCUGUGUUCAAAGCGCUUGUCUCCAAAAGACAGACUCAUCCCUCAGGACCCUCGUUUCCGACACCUCGCAGCGACAACUCACAUCACCACAGCAACCAAGCCCUCCAGGAAAAGCCCCACCCAGUCACCUGUGCCCAGCCCUCCUGCAUCCCCCUUCCAGUGCCUGUCCCCUGAGCCUAGCCCUCCUCUCUCCCCCUCUCAAUGUCCAUCACCUGAUCCCAGCCCUCCCCUUUCACCCUCCCAGUGCCCGUCUCCAGACACUAGUCCCCCAUUUUCCCCAUCUCAGUGCCCUUCGCCGGAGCCCAGUCCUUGCUCCUCCCCCUCUCGGUGCCCAUCUUCCAUGUUUCCUUCUCACCUCACAUCCCCUCAUCGCAGACUAUCCCUCUCCCCCUACCAGUCCCAGUCCCUGGUGUCUGUUGAACUCAAACCAAUUAACAAGGGCAACAGUGGUGCUAAUGAUGAGAAUUUUCCUCCUAUAACCUCAAGAGAGUUUACAGGAAUGUCCAAGGACAAACAAGAGAAUCCUCAGGAAAAAGAAAAGAACCAACAGCCAUACUUUUUUACAUCCGUCCAACCAUCUAUUCCUCAAGCUGCAGAGAAGUCAACAAGCCCCUCGCCUCUGCCCUUUGCAAACAGGAAGCAGUAUGCACAGAAAGAAAUAAGGAAGGUGAAGGAGGAAGACGCAGUACUUCCCAAGGAGCAAAAAGACAAUCAGCCUGUUGAGAAAGUGCAACAACAUAAAGAAGAAGGGGUCUCUUGGUAUAAACAAGAGGAAGAGAGUGUGGUGAAUAGGACACAAGAGAUAGCCCAUGAAAAGGAGCAGAAGGGAAAAGUGAAUGAACUGAUUAGUGGCUCUUUGGUUUCUCAAUCGUUGUCCUCACCUCCUGCACAUCCUCUCAGAGAUAUUGACAACAUUGUGGACAAACAUAUUGGCGACUUCUUUACUGAGAUGCAGCACCUCCUGCAGGAGGAGAGCAUUCACUGCAGCUUCCCUGAACCUCCACACUCGACUUUAAAUACAGCAAACCUUGCACCUCAACACACAUUUCAACCCGGCUUACCAGCUCAGUUUUCGCACUAUGUGUCAUUAUACAACUCGUGUCCCCCUGUCCAAGACUACGUAAGUUCUUUGCAGGACAGCAUUAACAGCAUGAUGACAGAAUUUGGUGACAAUUGCCACCACCGAAAUUCUCACUCCAGCCAGUCUGAGGCUGAUACUGUGUUGGCUAGCAGCGUGAGUGCAUUUGUUUCCAGCAUUCGAGCAUCUAAUACUAAAACAAGUGAAGUGUGUGCUCCCUGUGGUGAUCUGACAGCUGCUGAUGAUACUUUUUCAGUCUGUCAAACUCCGGCUCUCUCCAGAGGAGGUAAAGUGUUGCAGCCAGAUGCAACACACAACAGCAAAUCCCCAGCUCUUAAUAUCAUUGUUACUGUUCCUACCUCUGCAUCUGACUCUGUUUACAAGCCUGGUGACACCACUGACCUCCAUUCUCCUUCACACAAGUUGCCACAGUCCCACUGGAACUCACAGCAAAGUCACACAUUAGAGAACAAGAGAACAGUCCUUUAUAAUGUCAGACAAGACAACAGUUUUACCAAGACCAUGGAUUGUAUGUCUGAUGCAGAAGGAGGAAGUAGUCUAGCAGGGUCAAACACUGGGUGUCUAGGGUCCAGCAUUGUCUCCAAGCCCCUGGCAGAACCUUCUCACUCCCCCCAGCAGGAAUCCACUUCAGCCUCAGGGUCUGGCCCUGCUCCCCCAGCCACAGCCCUGAGUUCCUUGAUCAACCAGCUAGAGCCAGAAGUAUUCAACAGUCUGGUUAAGAUCAUCAAAGAUGUCAAAAAAAACUCCCUGCAGUUCUACCUCCACAGCACUGAGCCGAGGGACCAUGUCUUUGACAACGUCAAGGCAUACCUGGUGAAACAGGGUAAUGUGGAAAAGAGUCCUGUGGCCUUUCUGAACCAAGAAAACCCAGACAACAGAUUACUGGUCAUCAUAAAGAACAAAGACAUAGCUGGCCACAUACACAAGAUCCCAUGCCUGGUAUCUCUGAAACGGCGUCCCUCCGUUUUGUUUGUGGGUAUCGAUACACUGGAUGACAUCAGGAACAACAGCUACAAUGAGCUCUUUGUGUCUGGAGGCUGCGUUGUUUCAGAUGAGUUGAUCCUCAACCCUGACUUCAUCACUUAUGAUCAACUGGCUGAACUGCUGAAGCUUCUGGAACAACACAGCUCUCUCGAGAGUGUUUGGAAGUGGAAGGUGCACUGCAAAACCCACAAGAAAUUAAAAGAACAAGCUAGGUUCAGGAGAGAUUCAGCAAAAAUUCUAGACCUACUCUCAGCCUAUCAGAAGAAGCAGAUUGUUGAGUUCCUCCCAUAUCAUCACUGCGACAUGAUGAACCAUCAGUCACCUGACCUGGAAUGUCUUACUGAGCUCCAGGCUCGGUACACACAGUUCCGACACACAGUCUUUCUUACUGAGCGUUUUUUAAAAAAAUCCCCCGAGUACUUAAGUGGUGGCAUCAUCGUGGGUGGUAUUGAAGAAAUUCUCCACAACUUCACCAGAAUGGUCGGUUAUCACAAUGUCAAGGACAGGCAGCCGGUCUUGGACGCCCUGCUGGCAACCAAAGGAGCAUGGGCAGAAUGCACACUUGACCUGUGCUCUCUUCUAACAACAGUAAGCGAGAAGAUAAUGGCAGCCAUCAACAGCAGCCAGCCAUGCAUUGAAAUACAUAAAUUGAUGCCACUUGAUAUGAGAAAGUUGACCAACACCAGGAAAACAGACCAGCCUCACCCUGACAGUACCCAAGCUGGCACCAGUUUCACCCCUCAAGUGGAAGUAGAAGAACCAAGACUACAUAGAACUGAAAGACAGGAAAAUGUGGCCCCCAAUAAAAAACAUGACCACUACUCUGCAUUACUGGAAGUCUUUGGCGACCUUUAUGGAAACAAGCCACCCCCUUCUCAAACUGUCUCUGCUGAAAGAACACGUCGCUUGCAGCUGUACAAUCGACAUGGUCAAAGAUUCAGUGACCAGCAGCUUUUAAACCCCAUGGUUUGGUCAGACAUCUACUGUGCAAGACCGGGCUGGGUACCUAAAGGUGAGCCUUACCACCAACUCGGUCAACGAUAUUGGGAUCUGCGGGCAGCCAGCACCGUUGUCUUUGUUGGCUCUCCUCACCAUUUAUCCAGUCAGACAAGGGUGCCAUGUGGGGUAAUUUGUUACGACCACCCUGAAGGACCUUGGUGCGAGCUCCAGUCCCCAAACGGUACCCAGAUCUGCGUUCUUGCUGCUCCGUCCAUGCUGGACACUUCUUAACCUCUACCUGCACAGCCAGUCACUUCCUCUCUUUUUUUCUCCAACCCAAAUCAUCUUCAUUUCCCCCCCUCCACCUGUUGUCAGAGUCCCUCCCCGGGUAAAGCAUGGACCCUGAAGGGAGAGGGUGAUGACCAAUCCAAGGAGUUGAUUCUGAACUGAUUCCACCACAGAGGAGAUGGGAGUCACCCAAGCAAAAUGCAAGAGAGGAACAUAGAACAAAAAUUGAGAUUGCAUUCUGCACAAGCUCCCCGUCCAAGUCUCCAUUCAGAUGUGGCAUUAUCAUCUGUCCUGAUUGGAGAGAUCAAAUUAUAAGUGGAAAGCUGUGAUGGUGUGUUCACAAAACACAAAACAACUUUUCCCCUUGUUACCGGUGUGGUUGAGGUUGCUGGAUCUGUGUUAACUUGUGUUACACAGUGGGAAAUUACUCACCUGGUGCUAAUGGUAAGAGCUAACUGUGUUCAUAGUCACUUGAAUCAAGUGACACACAUUUUCAGAGGUCUCCCUUUUCACUUCCUUUCUGGCUCGGGAUGUGCACAGCAACUGUUCUCGAUUCUGUUCUUGAAAAGACAGAAGUAAGACACUGCCCUUGCCUGUGUUACACUGUGGUCACGCACAAACACAUGCAUCACUGUCCCACUGUCUGUUUUGUUUUUAUAAACUUUAAACUUUAUUUGGAUCAUUUCAGUGCUGGGCUAUAUGCUACAAUGACCAUACAACAUGAUUAUUUCUUUUUAUUGGAACACAUCCAGAAAGUAUAUGCAGAUUUUAUUUUUUAAGCCAAAAAACAUCUUCAAUGUCAAUGAUUUAAUAGCACAGCCUCUCUUAAAACUGGAUUGGAAUCCUAAUCAAUGUUAUUGGUAAAACCUUUGUUUAUCCUACUAUUUCUGCUGUGAAAAAAGGUUUAAUUACACCAGGUUUAUUGAAGACAUGCCUGAGCAUUACAUACACAAGCUAAAUGUCUAAGCUUGUUUUUGUCAAUUCAAUCUGUCCAUGUAAUGAUUAUUCUCAUAAUUAUUCAUCUGUCCAUUUUAGAUGGUGUUUGAUGUUUGACAAACCUUUAAAUUAAGAUUUUCUCAAGUUACUUUUUGAUUUUUCAACAUACCAAAAUGAUUCCGUUUCAAAUAGGUUGUUAUUACAUGGAGCCAAGAAGCUUGACAAUACAUUUAAGAAGUUUAUUACUUGAAAAAGUUAGUUAUGAGUAAAAGUUAUAAAUAAUAGCCUAAAAAAAGUGUAUAUGUGCCCUCUGCUGGUAUAAUUACACAUCAUGCAAGUUAUGGAGAAAUCUGUUUUUUAAUUGCAAUAAACAAGUUAAACAUAUUAAACAUAUUUCUAGAUUAUAUUUAGAGGGAAAGUUGAGAAUUUUGAGAGAUUGUUGAAAUGUUCUUUUUAUAACCUGUAUAUUUUGUGAGUUUGUAUUUAAUUGCUGUACUGAAUAAAAUUACAAGAAAAAUUGGCCUGACUUUACUGAAAUUAAAGUCCUGGGUUGUUUUUUGGUUGUGUUUUGUUUUCGCGUCUUUCUUCCACUCCAUUUCCACUUUGUCUAAUGUUUCGGUAGCUACUAAACUUCUCUUCCAUAUUGGAUGUAAGGAACGCUUGGAUAUGAGUCAAGGCUCCAGGUAAAUCCCAGAAUGAUGGGCAUGGACCUGUCUGAUGCUCGUCGGCUGA